AUGGACUAUGUCUUCUGGCACUCGACUCUCGACCUAAACGACGAGUUAAAGUCAAUCAAUUACGGAGAAUCACUCGUCUGGCUCUUCAGCCUAUUGUCUCAAAUAUGGAUAACUUUACACAUUUGGGAACCGACUUCUGAACGAUUGGCCAAAACGGACAAACUGUUCACAAAACCGGAGUAUUGUUGCGCUUUCAUCGACCAGUCGUUAAUUUUGAACCGAAAGAUUGAGACCAAAGGCGAAGUGGAUGUCAGGAAAAUGAGCGCUCAGGACAUCCAGAAGAUGACAAACUGUUCACAAAACCGGAGCGAAGUGGAUGUCAGGAAAAUGAGCGCUCAGGACAUCCAGAAGAGGAACGACGAGACGGUUAGGAUCUAUAUGUGCGCCACGAUGUGGCACGAGAGCAGCGAUGAGAUGAUACAAAUGCUGAAGUCUGUGCUCCGGAUGGACAUCGAUCAGAGCGCCCGACGACAGGCCAUGAAGUGGUUUAACGCCAAAUCUACCGAUUAUUACGAAAUUGAAAUUCACAUACUUUUUGACGACGCGUUCAUCGAUAGGUUCAGUGAAGUGGGCGGACAGACAACGAAGGAACGGGUGGUCAACAGUUAUGUGACACAAUUCGCGGAAGUGAUCGAUAAGGCCGCGAGUCAUGUCCACGAGUGCAACAUCAGGCUUAAGACACCCGCACUCACGCCCACACCAUACGGAGGACAACUCGUUUGGACACUUCCCGGAACUAAUAAACUAUACGUCCAUUUGAAAGACAAGGAACUGAUUCGACACAAGAAGCGCUGGAGUCAGGUUAUGUAUAUGUAUUAUCUGUUGGGCUUCAGAAUGAAAGACGUGGAGGAAGAAAAACGAGAUAAAAUAGCAGAAAACACGUUUAUUUUAGCCCUCGACGGAGACAUCAACUUUAGACCAAAAGCCGUCAGACUUUUAUUGGAUCUAAUGAUUAAGCACAAGAAUUUGGGCGCCGCCUGCGGGCGCAUACAUCCCAUCGGUGGCGGACCGAUGGUCUGGUAUCAGAAAUUUGAGUACGCGAUCGGCCAUUGGCUACAAAAGGCAACCGAACACGCGUUUGGGUGCGUCCUCUGCAGUCCCGGAUGUUUCUCACUAUUUCGGGCCAAAGCUUUGAUGUCCGACAAUGUUAUGAAUAAAUACACGUCUAAGGCGUCGGAAGCCGUGCAAUACGUACAGUACGAUCAGGGAGAGGACCGAUGGCUUUGUACUCUUCUCCUCCAACAGGGUUGGCGUAUUGAAUACUGUGCCGCUUCGGACUCGUAUACUCACGCGCCCGAAGGGUUCGGCGAGUUUUACAUCCAGAGGCGCCGGUGGGCGCCCUCAACAAUGUUCAACAUUUGGGAUCUGUUGGCAGAAUCU